AUGAGCAGCAAGACCUUGCUCACACUCCAGGAACUGGCUGUCCAGAGACUGUUGAAAGAGGAGGCCUUGGCCAACAUUGCUUUGAAGAACUUACCCACAGCAUGGUUACCACAACUGUUGAAGCAAGCCUAUGCUGGUAAUCAUGUUAAUGUCCUGAGGACAAUAGUGUCUUCCUGGCCCUUCCCUCGACUCCCUCUGGGCGCUCUGAAGAGAACAAGCUACUUAGACACCCAAGCACAAGUUGUCCUAGAGGAGAUUGAUAAACUGCUUAUCCAGGAGGUUUGCCCCAGGCAGUACAAACUGGAAGUGCUGGAUCUACGGUCUGUGGGUCAGAACUAUUUGGAUAUGCGGCCUGGGUCCAUGAAUAACUGGUUACCACAGACCUCAAGUGAGACUCAAGAAGUGGCAGGCCAUUUGAAGACAGGAGUGAAGAAGCCCUUGAAGGUGGUAGUGGACUUGUUUUUCAUGGAAGCCCCCCUUACUCAGUUCUUAGGGUACCUCCUGGAAUGGAGUGAUAAGAGGAAAGGGUUGUUACAACUGUACUGUAAUGAGCUUCACAUUUGGUCAGCAUUCCGUUUUAAACACAGGAAGCUCUCAGAAAAGGUAAACCUGGAGUAUGUAGAAACACUGGGCCUGCAUGAUGCUUUCUGCAAUCCAGUUUUCUUGCUUAACUUGGCUUCUUACCUGGGCUGCAUGAGGAACCUGCGUAAGCUCUCUCUCACCAACAUCCAAGAAGAUAACUUGAUUUCCCUAGAGGAGAAGAGCUAUAUCAUCAUCCAGUUCACCUCGCAGUUCCUCAACCUGGAAUGUCUCCAGAAGCUGCAUCUGGAAACGGUUCCCUUCCUUGAGGGCCACCUGCACCAGCUGCUUGGGUCCGUGAAGACCCCCUUGGAUGACCUGGAUGUGACUCACUGUACACUCUCAGUAUCAGAAUGGGACAGUCUUUCUGAGUUCCCAUGUGUCAGUCAAUUGCAACAACUGAAUUUGCAAAAUGUCAUAUUGACUGAUCUAAGUCCUGAACCCCUCCGAGUGCUAUUAGUAAAAGCUGGACCCACCCUGGUGACCCUGGACUUAGAGGACUGUCAAAUUGAGGAUCAAUAUCUCCAUGACAUCUUACCUGCCCUGAGAAGCUGUCUUCAGCUCACCAAGUUCAGCUUCUAUGGGAACCAAAUCUCCUUGCAUGCCCUGAGGGACCUACUACACCAUACUGCCAGCUUGAGAAAGCUAAGGAUGGAGCUGUACCCUAUUCCUCAGGAGAGCUAUGACAACAGUGGUACUCUCCACAUGGAACUCAUGAGAGAACAUUGUGAUGAGCUUAUGGAUAUUCUGAAAGCCAUUAGGGAGCCUGGGAAGGUCUUCUUUGGUACUGAACGCUGCUUCGAUUGUGACAAUCGAUAUAUCUACAACAAAACCCCAUUGUGUGAGUGUCAGCAUUAUUACUAG